AUGGCGCGCCGGCUGCCCUGGAAGCAAAAGCAAAGCAGCCCAUCGCCCAAGCCCUCGGCCAAGCCCAGGCCCGACAGCCCCGUCGCGUCUCCAGAACAGCCAAGCCUCCCCGCGAGCACGCCGCCACCUCGCGCCUCGCCCACGCCGCAGCGACGUCGCGUCCACGGCUCUCCAGGCCUGUUUGAACUUCUUCGCAGCCCCUCGACGUCGCCGCCGCCAGAGCCGCCACCGGAGCAGCCCAUGAUCCCCUCCGACGACCGCUACCGCAUGGUCGAGGACGAAUUCCUGCACACGGCGCAGCGCUUCACCACGCACCUCCACCGCGCAGAGUACAACCGCCUCAAGGCCCGCGCCAAGAGCCAGCACGCCCUCACCAUCCGCGCCAUCGAGCGCCCCGUCGUCGGGCCCCAGACCGCCACGGCGCGCCUGCGCGACGCCGCCUUCAAGCGCGCCGCUCGCCAGCGCAAGGUCCUGACGCCGCGGCGGGCCCGACAGGCGGCCGAUGGCGAUGGCGAUGGCGAUGGCGAUGAUGAUGCGCCGUGGGUCGGCACCACCCUCCAGGGCCUGAUGGAGACCCCCCGCGGCGAGGCUCGCUGCAUAUCAUCGUCCUGCGCACCCGCGACUCACCCGACAACCCGCGCCGCUGCCGGCUACCAGCAGCCCACCGUCGCCGCCGCCGCCGCCCGGUCGACCCCCCGACGACAGACUCAGAAUUCCAAUGCAUCCCCUCUUCCUCCGCCAAGUCGGCGCAAUCUACCCGCCACGGUAGCAGACCAGGCUACAUUCCACGUUGACGCCCCUUCGCGGGGUAACGGCGUGCGAGACAUCGUCACGCGGGACCGCACCCGAGACAGCGCGCGAGACAGGCGUGGCAGGGUGGAUCUCGAGGGGCGGCAUGCGGGCGGCAGCGACGAGGACGCGACGGAUGACGAUGACCCGUUUAGCAUCAACCGGCGGAGGAUGCGGCGGGCAAAGUCGAGGGCCCAGCUGCGCAAGAACGACGACAGAGAUCCCCCCAGAAAACUGUCCCCGGACACGAUACCAUCCUUUUUAUAA